AUUUGCACAACACACGAGCGUGGAGAAUACGUACAUACACAGCAGCCAACCAGCCAGCCAUCCAUCCACCAUCCCAAUAAUGGGACACUGUCAUCUCAAUUGAAUUUAGUUUGUAAAACACAUUUGAACCCUAAACACAGCGGUAGAAGAGCCCCAAAAGCCAUCAAACAAACCAAAAAAAAACUUACUUUAAAUACAAAAAAAAAUUUCCAUUUAUUGCUGCUAAUUUCGCACUGAUAAAUUUCUUUGAUUUUUGGGUCAAAACCACGUUUAAAUUCAGAAAAGCUAACAAGUGAAAAUGUGUUUGAAAAAUUCUAUUUUGAAAAUUCUAUUUUUAACAGUGAUUUUAAUCAUUUACGGUCGAGAAAUCGAGGCGCAAAGAAACGUGGGAGGUCGUGGCGUAUUGCGACGAAAUUAUACGGGUAAAAAACCGGUAGUAAUACAACAUCGUACACCAGAUGCAGCCAAUUAUUAUGAUCAUGAAAAUGGUGCCAAAAUUAUAAAAUCAUCCCAUUUUGAAUUGGACUAUACGUUGGGUCGCAAAAUAACCUUCUUUUGUAUGGCAGAAGGAAAUCCUCGUCCUACCAUUACCUGGUUUAAAGAUGGCGCCGAAUUGUACCAGCACAGAUUCUUUCAGGUUCAUGAAUCCCAUAUAGACAACAAUAUAAUCAAAUCGAAAAUGGAAAUUGAUCCCACAACACAAAUGGAUGCAGGUUAUUAUGAGUGCCAAGCGGACAAUAUUUAUGCCAUUGAUCGUCGAGGUUUUCGCACCGAUUAUGUUAUGGUGAAUUUUUAAAAUUUGCUUUAAUAAUUGACAAAACAUCUCGCACAAUUUUUUUAAUCACUACUUUUUGUAUACGAUUU